UGAAAGUUGUAGCACGGUUUAUCAGUUCAUGUUGAGCCGCCAUUACAUAAUGAAAUAGCUGUAAAUAUAGUGCGUGCGACAUUCAUGAGCUUGCUUAGUUAGCUCGUCUUGCUAGCCGAAUGCUAGUAAGACUAGCUUUAGCUAUGGUUCAGAGAACAGUUAUAAUUCUAAUCCAGUCAAACGUUUUAUAACAAAGUUUGCUACAUAUGGCUGGGCGCAUGUUUGCAAAUUGGUGGGCCAAGAUGAACCCUUACUACACUAAGGCAUAUCAAGAAAUGUGGGUGGGUGUUGGCAUCAUGACGUACCUCUACUACAAAAUCUCCUAUGGAGGCAAGAAAGCAGUGAAGGACAAGCCAUCUCAUUAGUUUUGAUAUCUUCCUGACCAAACCCUCCUGAUGUAAACUUGCCCCCCAUUUACAUUGAACAUCUUGUUAAUAUGGAACCAAUAAAAUUGUCAGUGAACCAAUA